GGCGCAUCCAUUGUGAGCUCUCUCUCUGACACUCUCGCUCCUUUCCCUCCCUUUUCCCCUCUUCUCCUUGCAGCUCUGCCGCCAAAGUGGCGCACAUCGACGGCGAUGCCUCCUUUUGAAGAUGCCCCCAAUUUCUAACCAGGUUGAGUGACAAGCCCGCUGCCCAGCCGCCGCCAUGAUCGCCACGGGCGGACUGCUCCGCAUGAACCGGCGCCAGGACUCCCUGCGCUCCAAGAACCGUGCUGAGAACAAGAAGAAGCGGAAAUCCAAGAAGAAGAAGAAGACCGACGUAGUGGUGGUGAAGGGCAAGCUUAACUUGUGCUCACCAGCCGGCCUGGUGGCGGCCGUCGGGCUGGUAGUCCUGAUGGUGGGCGUCUCCAUGGCUGUGCUGGGGUACUGGCCCAGCCAGAACCAGCACCAGUACCAAGAGCGCCGCCGAACAGGGGUUCACCAUGGCAGAAUGAGUUACUCCCAAAGCCUCAAUGUGUCCUCCAGCAUGGACCGAGAUCCCCCUCAGCUACUAAACCAGAGCCACUCCAACAUCAGCGACCUGGCUCCUUCUCCUGCCCGCUGUGGUUUCCUAUGUGACUUUCUGGACAACUACUUAUACUCGGACAACCUAAAAGUGUUUGGACCACUUGUGAUGGGCAUUGGGAUUUUCCUCUUCAUUUGCGCCAAUGCUGUCCUUCACGAGAACCGUGACAAGAAAACAAAAAUCAUCAACCUGAGAGAUAUCUACUCCACGGUCAUAGACCUACACAGCGUCCGUGCCAAGGAAUACUCACCUCUCAAUGGUUUGGUCAACUACACCCAGUCUAAGAGUGUGGAGGGUCCAUCAGGGGGUCAACCAGCAGGGCGAAGCUCCUGGCCCUCUUCCGCCGGACUGGGCAGCGACGAGGUGUUCCGGCGUCCGUCGCGUAGCUGGUCCAAGGAUGUCCAGACUUUCACAGACACUGUUUAUAGCAUCUACAAGGACUACAACAACGGUGGUGAGGAGGCUCCUCAGCCCCGACAGUGGGACCCCACCUCCAUUGUCACCUCCUCAGUAAACGCCUUCACCCUCCCGGUCAUCAAGCUGAAUAACUGCGAGGCAGAGGAAGACGUUGUCAUUGAAGCUGAGAACGACCAAGAGGAAGUGCAGGAUAACGAAGAGAAGACAAGCCCACCGUCUGAGGACAUACCUGCCGCCGAGCCGCUCAAUUUGUUCCUGCCGUCCCCGGUCGCCAGGGCAUUGGGUUCACGCCUGUCCCUCAACUCACUCACGGACCCGCCAAAGUCAGCGCGUCGGUGCAGCCUUUCAGUGACAACGUCCCACCAGAGUGAGAGGGGCAGGCGCUUCAGCUGCCCCCGCUUAGAGCGCACCAACAGUAAGGGCUACAUAAAACUCAGCGACCUGGGGGGUGAAUCCUUUGAGGCGCCGGACACGUCGUUAGGUGUGGAAGGCAAGCAGGAAGUGGUACCCACAGAUGCGGGCAAUGUGGAAGAGGAUGCUCAGGUACUGGAGGGACAAGUGUUGCCCAGCACAUCUACAGAAUCUUAAGGAAAUUCCUGACAUAAUCUGACAAGAAGCCCCUUUCACACUCCUAAAGCAUUCAACAGGCAUUUUUUUCAGCGCUGGCUUUCAGCAAAAUGUUGCUGUAUUCACAUGGCAGGCUCACACAUUCAGAUAAGUUGAUGCUUAUGAAUAUCUGAGAUGACUACGAUUGCUUUCAACACAAACUGGGUGUGGCCUGUGAUCCUCAGAGCCGAGCGGUGUUACACUUCUGAUAUGUCGGCAGCUGUGUUAUUCUAAACUGCUGAAAAUCUCUUACACGCUGUUCAGUGGUAGUGUCCAAUAAUUCAGAGUGAGUCCUUUAAAUCGCCUCGUGCUUUUUUUAGGGCAUGGCAUGCAGCAGAAAGGGUGAAAGACGCUCAGGAAAAUGAGGGUCAAGUGGGGCGCAGCCCAACUACAGAAUCCCAAAUGAAAUCUCUAAAAUCUCCUAUUAGCCCCUUUCACACAGCACAAUUGUUGAGCCAGCGUUUAUUCGACCCUGGCUUUAAGAAGGUGGGUGUAUGGUCAGUGUUUACAUAGCCAUUGCGGAUUUACACACUCAGAUAAUUAACUUGUUCUGCAGUCUCAUCUAGAAAAAAAAAUGCUUUCAGCACAAAGGAGUGGCCUCUCAGUCCCUUGCCCACUGGGGGCAUCGCAUUGGAAGCCUGAAUAUUUUAGAUCAAACUAGCCGCUGUAUCCUUCAUCAGACGACAGAAAGCUGGUCGAGUGUGUAAGAAGCUUUUAAUACGAAGUAGUUCAUAACUUACCUGUUAGGAAUCAUUCAAUUAAAAGAUGGAAUUCACCCCUUUUAUUCUGAAUUAUAACCUCACACACACACAACAGUGAAUCAGCAAUAAAGCUAACUAAAAGAGGGCUAGUUUUUUGCAGGGCUUUUAACAGAAGGAAGUACUCCUACCUACUUUAUUUGGAGUGUAGCUUUCAACCAACUUCACACAUUCAGAUAUACUCUAGAUACGUGUUCAGUAUCAGAGACAACAACAGUGAUAAUUGCUUCACAACCAUUGCAGACUGGCGGCAUUAUGCCAGCAGUAUUAUGUCAGAAUUCGACAAGUGUAGUGUAAACUAGGGCUGCAGCUAUCGAAUAUUUUAGUAAUCGACUGAAAAUUCUACCGAUUAAUCGAGUAAUCAGAUAAAACAAAUAUAUUUUUAGGGCUGUCAAACGAUUAAAAUUUUUAAUCGAGUUAAUUACAGCUUAAAAAUUAACUAAUCGUAAUUAAUCGCAAUUCAAACCAUCUAUAAAACAUGCCAUAUUUUUCUGUAAAUUAUAUAUAUAUUCUGUAAAAUAAAUUGUUGGAAUGGAAAGAUAAGACACAAGAUGGAUAUAUACAUUCAACAUUCGGUACAUAAGGACUGUAGUGGGCAUUUCACUCUACUGUCAUUUAAAUCUGUCUAUGCUGUCCUCACUCCGAAGCGUCUACUUUUUCCAAAGCUAGACAGCUAGUGAACGACGCCUUAAUAAUCAGACUUCUUCCUUUUUCAUCUGAUUUAUUAAUAAAAUGGCCUCAAACCACUGUCCUCUUUACACCGUAGUGAAAUAACAACAAAAAAGUACACAGCAUUGCAUUAGCAACAACGUUAGCUUAGCACGCUAUACAGGUUCACUAAACCUUAACAAAAAGCGUCUCAUACAAAAAAUAUAACAUUUCGCUUACUAACAUAAUACUUACAUUCUUUACAACAACCAUACUUACGGACAAAUCUUGACCAAGGAUCUUAUAAGCACAACAUUAUCAGCCCGAGACGUCGUGCAGCCGUAAUGAAGAAAAGAAGAAAAUAAUAAACCAUGUCGCAAAGCGACCACAAGAGUUCGCUGUUGGACAGCGCAAAAAGCCUUGCUGUAAAACUUACCAAAAGGCAGAAUACUUUCUGAGCGGGACAUGUGCGUUAAUUGUGUCAAAUAUUUUAACGUGAUUAAUUUAAAAAAUUAAUUACCGCGCGUUAACGCGAUAAUUUUGACAGCCCUAAUUUUUAGGUGAAGAGCAAUUAUAAAUAUACAUGAGAAAACAAGACAUUUCAUCUAAUCUUGAACCAUUUUCAGUCAAUCAAUGUCUUUAUUUUCAAUGUAUAUUGUUGAAAACAGCCAACAAUUGCAUCUCAGAUGUGACUAGAAUAAAAAAAGAGUAAUUCACUGCUUUCACUCAAAAACCUUUAGAUCUUAUUAAAAAAAACAUAUA